AAAGAGAGGAGAACAUAGCAAUAUCGUUAGCUUAUCCACUCCCUUCAUCACUUCCUUUUUGUGUACUCUAGCUCUCUUUGUCUCUUUGUAACAUCCAGUCUUCUAUAGUAUACAAAUAUUUAUAGAUAUCAUGGCAAAGAUGUCAGAGCCUCUUGUGGUUGGGAGAGUGAUUGGAGAUGUUAUCGAUCAUUUCACUGCAAAUGUGAAAAUGACAGUGACUUAUCAGUCCAGCAGGAAGCAGGUUUUUAAUGGCCAUGAGCUAUUCCCAUCUGCGGUAACUAAUAAACCUAAAGUUGAGGUUCAUGGAGGUGAUAUGAGAUCCUUUUUCACCCUGGUCAUGACAGACCCUGAUGUUCCUGGUCCUAGUGAUCCAUACCUCAGGGAGCACCUACACUGGAUAGUAACUGACAUCCCAGGCACAACAGAUGCCACAUUUGGAAGGGAAGUGAUGAACUAUGAGAUGCCAAGGCCUAACAUAGGGAUCCACAGGUUUGUUUUCCUACUUUUCAAGCAGAAAGGAAGGCAAACAGUGACCACUCCAGCUUCAAGGGACAAAUUUAACACCAGGAAAUUCGCUGAAGAAAAUGAGCUUGGCCUGCCUGUAGCCGCUGUCUUCUUCAAUGCCCAGAGGGAAACAGCGGCGAGGAAACGUUGAGGAGAAGAUAAUACAGGAAUCAGAAUGAAUAAUGACCAAUGCCAGCAUCAUGCCCUACUAUUGUACUAUCAAACUGUAUUUGAACUUGAUGCAGGAGAAAGAAAAUAACCCCGAAAAAAAUUAAAUAAGAUUGUUAGUGUUUAUGGAUGAAUAAUAGAGACAUUGCAUCCAGAACCAGAAUAUCGCAAUCCCUUUGGCUGGAUCAGAUAAUAUCCUAACAAAGGACCUAGCUAUCAGUUGUCAAAUGCUACUGUCUGUUUGGUUAGUGUAAGAGUGAGACCCCUCACUCUCUUUGUAUUCUUAGCUGCCUGCUACUUGUAAUAAUAGUACAGAGGAAAACCUCAGUUUAGU